UAUUCUCAAGUUCUCCAAAUCCACAUGAUUGUUCAGAAAAUCAAAAACCACUAAUAAGCUUGGUUUGCUAUUUUUAUUCAAAGAUGAGUCCAUCAAAGUCUCUAAGUCAUUGAUUUCAUAAUUCCAAACUUAGUGCUGUCACAUAUUUUUUUCCAGUUUAUAUAUAUAAUAGAUCAAGAAGGAAACUUUCCAUAAUCAUAUCAUCAUCAACCAUGAGAAAAGUUUUGUUGUUGUUUCUUUGUUGCAUUGUUGUAACAAAUUUAAGUCUCAAUGUAGUUUUAGCACACGAGAUGGUCGUCGCUCCUCCAAACACGGUUAAAGAUAUAGAGCCAUACAUCUCGAAUAGAGCUCUUGGGUUUGUAUUGAAAUUGGAAAACAAUUGUCCUAUAAGAGAACAACUAAGAUCAUUCUUUGAGAAGUUAAAGGAUCUCUUGAAGUUGGAAUCAUCUAUUACGCCGAUGAUCGAGAACAAUGAAUCCGAUACAUUCAAGUUUGAUCUAAAAUCAAAAUCCGAAAAUCUCUUGCAAACGAUGUUUAUGCUUGGGAGAGGACUGUUGAGUUCAAGUGUAAGAAAGGAGAUAUUUGAAGUGAUGAAAUCCCUCACUGAAUUACAUGCUGCAAUUGGUAGAGUUAUUAUAGAGAAACAUAUAAAAGGUGACGAUGAUUCAAUGUCUCUUUCGGUGGAACAAAAGAAUGCGGUAGAAAACUCGAUAACUGAAUGGGAACAAACGAUUACCCGAAUCGUGAAGAUUAUUGUAGAAGUUAAAUCAAAAGGUUCAACUGAGGCUGCGGUGCAUGAAAGAAAUACUUCUGAGCACAACAAUGUUUCAAUGGAUAGUAACAUGGUGGAGACCAAUGGAGAAGAUUCAGAAUCCACUCAAGAAAAAGCAUAUGGCAUUAAAAGAAGUUAUGGAGGCGAUGUAUCAAUGGAGACUCAAGAAGGAAAUAAGGGAGAAGAUGUUAAAGAAGGUAAUCUUGUUUCUAAGAAUGACGAAACAAAAGACAUUAAAGGUGAAAAUGUAAAAUCUAAUAUUGAGAAGGAAAUAGAGGGACAAGGUGAAAAUUUGGGUGACUCGACCAAUGAUAAGAAUUUGGAAACUAAAGAAGAUGUCAAGUCUGAGGUACAUGCUAAAAAUGAUGGAAGUUCCGUGACAGAAAAUUUGGAAGAAGCUCAAAAAAACAAUGGAGGUUCAACAAUGGAUAUGAAUUUGGAGAACAAAGGAAGUAGGGAAGAGGCUAAAGAUAAUAAAAUGGUAAAUGCUACAACAAAUGAUGAAGAUCAAAAGAUUGAAGAGACUCAAGAAAACAAUGGAGAAUUAGAGAAGGAUAAGAACUUAGAAAACAACGUAGGUAAUAAAAUUCUAAAGGGAAAUGGAUCAACAAAGAAGAACACAACUAAUGAAAUUUCUAUUGAAGAAAAGCGAGAAGAGACUCAAAGAAGUCAUGAAAUUUCUAUGGAAGAAAAACAAGAAGAGACUCAAAGAAGUCAUGAAAUCUAUAUGAACAAAGAAACAACCAAAGAUAAAAAUAAAAAUUUGAACAAAGAGAAGGGAACAAAUGUUCAAGGAGAAAGUAUUGGAGACUUAACAAAGGGUACAAUUUCGAAUGACAAUAAAAAUGUUAAAUCAGAGGUAAAUUCUAAUGGUACAGAUGAGAGCUAUCAAGAGGAUCAAGGAAAUGCUGGACUUUCAACAAAAGAUAAGAACCUAGGAGCUGAUGGGGAGAAAAAAUAUGAUAAAUCGGUAGAGGUUAUGAAAAACGAAGACUAUACAAAAAACCAAAGGGAAGAGAAUCAAGGAAACAAUGAAGGAUCAAUGAAAAAUGAGAACUUAGAAAACAAAGAACAUAAGAAAGAAUCAAUGGACGAUCGACCAAUAGAGGCAAAGACAAAUAAUGAAACAUCUAAGGAAGAAAAAGAUGAACAUAGGCAAGGAGGUCAUGAUAUUUCCAUGAAUGGUAAGAUAAUGGAGAAUAAAAGUGGAAAUGCAUAUUCUAACAAGGAGAAUAAAGUACAUGUUGGAGACUCAACUAAUGGCAACAAUAUAGAGAGUAAAGAUGACGCUAAGUUGGAGGCUGAGUUAAACAAAAAUAAUGGAGGUUCUAGGAAGGAGAAGGGAGAAGAGGGACAAGGGACAAACGAAGGUUCACUGAAUAAUAAGAACUUGGAGACCCAAGUAAGUCAAACUGAUUUAAUGGAUGAUAAGUCUGUUGCGGAUAAGGAAAAUUUGAGAAGUUCUAUUAAAGAAAAUCAAGAAGAAGCUCAAAGAAAUAAGAGAGAUAAGAAAGAAGCUAACAAUGAUAAGUCAGUAGAAAUUAAGGGAAAGAAAAAGGAGUCUAGUAAAAAUAAGUCAAUAAAGACUAAUGAAAAUAAGAAAAAUAAUAGAGAAGAUUUUGUUCACGGAAACAACAAAGAAUCCAAGACGGUAGAAACUGGAGAAAGGAAAGAAUCUAAAGAUGCAAAAUUAGUAAAAGCUAAGGAAAAUAAAGAAAUUUCCAUGAAAGAAAACCGAGAAAAGAGUCAAGGAAGUAGUAGUGGAGGCCUUAGUACAGAAGAUAACAAAGAAGAAAAGAAAGAGUCAAAGAACUAUCAAUCAGGCAAAAAAAAGGCAAAUAAAGAAAAACAAGAAAGUGCUCAAGAAAAUACUAGAGUGCAUACAAAGAUAGAUAAUAAAAAAGAUAGUAAAAAUUUAAAGGAUGAUAAAUCAGUGGAGGCAAAAACAAAUAAAGAAAAUUUUGUGAAGAAAAAGCAAGAGCAAGCUCAAAGAAAUGACAUAGGUUCAACAAAAGUAAAGGAUUUCAGUUCUGAAGAUGCAAGGCCAAAAAAGAAUACAAAAGAAGAUAAAGGUUCUAGUAAUGACAUAGAUAUAGAUGUUAAAAAAAGAAGCGGAGAGUCAACGAAACACAAGAAAGAAAAAAAGAAAGAUAUAAAGAAAGAAGAGAAAAAAGAUACAACUGAUGUAAAGUCAAAGGAAAAAAGAAAAAAUAAUCAUGAGAAUGAAAAGUCUAGAAAGAGUAUUUUGAAGAAACAAAAAAAAGAUAAAAAGGAAAAGAAGGAGUCUGGAGAUAAUAUAUUAAAGAAUAAAGAGAAGAAAGGAUAUGAAGAUAACAAAUUGAAGAUAAAAGACGAAAGUAAAACAGAGAAUACUAAUUCGAAAGAUUACAAGAAAAAAGAGGAAAAUAAAAAAGAGAAGCAAGAUUUUGAAAGCAAUAUAUUGAAGAAACAAAACGAAGAUAUUAAAGAGAAGGGAGAGUUUGGUGAUGUUAAAUCAAAGAAUAAAGAGAAGAAAGAAUGGGACAAAAAAGAGAAGAAGGAAAACAUGAACAAUAGAUCAAAGAUAAAAGAGGAGAAUACACAGAAGAAAACAAAUUCAAAAGAUUACAAAGAGAAGAAGAAGUCUCAAGACGGUAAAUCAUUGAAGAAUGAAGAUAUUAAGAAAAAGAAGAAAGAAAAUAAAAAUAUCGAAGAUAAAAGCGUAACGACAGGUGAUAAAAACAGUGAAUCAAAGAAAAAAGAAAAGAAAAAUUCCAUACACAACCAACAGAAGGAAAAGGAACAAGAUAAGAAAGAGUCUAACAACAAAAUUACGAAAAAAAAUGAGAAAGAUAGAAAGAAGAAAACAAUAUUUGAAGCAAAAAAUAAGGAACGAGAAGAAAAUGAAGAAAAGAAGGAAGAGUCUCAAGACAAUAAAUCAAAACACAGUAAAAAACACAUUGGAAACUCAAAGCAAGGAGGAUUUCAGUCAAAUACAGAAUACUCGAUGAAAGAAAAUAAAGACAAGAAAGAAUCUAAGAAUUUCGAGUCAAGAGAAACAGAAAAACAAAAGAAAAAUCAUGGACAAGAAAAGAAAGUUGGGAUUCAAGUUAGUAACAAAGAUUCUGAAAAGAAUAAAAAGAAGACGAAAGAAGAUAACAAAGUGUCUAAACAUGGUAAAUCAGAAAAAUAUGAGAAAGAAAUGGAAGCAACAACUCAAAGAGAUAAUAAGAAUGCUAAGAAAGAAAUGCAAGCAGAUGAUCAAGUAAAGGGUGAAGAAUCUUUGGAAUAUAAGAAAGGAAAUAGUAAAGAAGAUAAUGAAGACAAAGUCGGUAAAGAAAAAAAUGAACAUUUUAAAAAAAAAUCUGGAAAGAUCAUCGAAGAUAACAAGGCAUUAGACAAAAAGAUAGAAAAUAAAAAAUCACAAAAAAAGCAAGAAGAUAGUAGAGCUUUCUCGAUGAAAAAACAUGAAGGGGUUCAAGAAGCCAAUAAGGAAUCAAAUAUCAGUGAGAAGAAAUAUCAAAAUGAGUCUAGUGAUGAUGCGUCUAAAGAAAAUGAUGAAGCCUUAAUGAAGCAAAAACAAAUUGAUGAGGGUCACACAAAUAUUGAAAAAUCAAAGGGAAAAACUAAAGAAACUAACAGAGAUUUAGUAAAUGGUACGAGUAUAGAGGUUAGAGAAGAAAAUAAAGAGUCCAGAGAUGGUAAAAGAAUUGAAUCUUAUCAAAAUAAGAACAAUUCCAUAGAAGAAGUUUCCAAUGAUGGUAAGAAAGUUGAAAUCAAAGGAGGUAAAGAAAGUUCUUUAAAAGAAGGAUCCAAAGACAGCAUUAGAGGUAAGGAAGAAAAUUCCAAAGCUCAUAAGAAGAAUGAACAUAACAAAGCUAAAAGAGAUUUUAAUGAAAGAGGUUCUAAAGAUGGUAAUACAACUGAAAUCAAUGAAGGUAAAGAAGAUUCCAUGAAUAAAGAUUCUAAAAAUGGAAUGUUAGUUGAGACAAGUGGAGGCAAAAAUCACAGAGAAGAAGGUUCUGUAGAUGAUAAGACAACGAACAUCAAUGGAAACAAAAAAGAUUUGAAAGAUGAUAACAUAGUUGAAAUAAGUAGAGGUACAAAUUCUACAUACGAAAGUUCUAAAGGUGGUAGAACAGUGGAAACCAAUGGAGGUAAAGAUGUUUCAAUGGAAAAAACUUUUAAAGCUAAUCAUACAGAUGAUAAAAGUCAAGAAGACUAUAAGACAAAUGAAACUAAUGGAGGUAAAGAAGUAAAUAUGGAAGAAGGUUCUAAAGAUGAUAAAAAAGUUAAAGCAAAUGGAGGUAAAGAAGAUUCAAUGGAGGAAAAAUCUAAAGAUGGAGGUACAAAUUCGACGGAAAAUACAUCUGAAGAUAGUAAGAUAGUUCAUACCAAUGAUGUUAAAGAAGAUUCUGAAAAUGGUAACGUAAAUGAAACCAAUGAUAAUAACAUAGCUUUGAGAGCUGAAACAAGUGGAGAUAAAAAAAAUUUCAUAAAAGAAAAUUCUGAAGACGCUAAGAGAGCUGAAACCAAUGGAGGUAAAAAUGUUUCAGUAGAAGAAAAUUCUAAAGAUGGUAAUAUAAAUAAAGUGCAUAAAGGUCAAGAAGACUCUACAAAUAAAGGUUUCAAAGAAGGUAAGUCCGAUGAAAUUAAUGGAGGUAAAGAAGUAACUAUGGAAGAAAGUUCUAAUGAUGAUAAAACAACUGGAAUAAUUGGAGGUAAAGACAAUUCAAUGGAGGAAAAAUCUAAGGAUAGUGCGACAGAAAAUUUAAAUGGAGCUACAAAUUUGACGGCAGAUGGUAAGAUAGUUGAAGCCAAUGGAGUGAAAGAAGAUUCUAAAAAUGGUAACAUAAAUGAAACAAGCGUUAAAUCAAAGGAAUCUAAAGGAGAUAAAGUAGAUAUGAGUGGAGAUUCUAUGAAAAACAAGACAAUUGAAGCUCAAGAAAGUAGUAAUGGAGAUUCAGUGAAUGGCGUAGAAGAGGAGAAUAAAGAAAAUAAUGAUGGAGGAAGCAAUAAUAACUUUAUGAAUAAUCAAACAAUAGAACAUGGCGUAAAUUCCACAACAAAACAAGAACUAAGGACAGAUAUCGAGACCAAUACUUCUAAAGAGGUUACAAAUUUCAUAUCAAACCUUGAGAAGAAAUCUCCAGGUACCCAAGAGUACCAAAGUUUCUUUCAGAAACUUAAAGAUUACAUGAAAUACUUGUGUCCAGUCUCUUCAACAUUAAAAGCAAAAGACUCAAGCUCUUACAUGUCUGAAAUGGUAAAUAUGGCCACAAAACUCUCAGAUGCUAUGGCUGUCUUGCAAGCCAAGAAAAGUGGGUCAGGACAGAUGAAAACAACACUACAAGGAUAUCAACAAGAAGUGAUGAAGACUCUAAACAUCUUGCAAUCAGUUAUGACCAAAGCCAUAUCUGAAAAACAAACUACGAGCGGUGGUUUGUUCACGCUUACACUAUCACAACAAGAAGCAAUCAAGGAGAUAGUGUUGAAAUGGGAACAAGUUAUGUCUCAAUUUGUGAAAGUUGCAACAGAGAGUGAGAAACAAUUUUCAAUCGAGAUUUCAACCGGAAAUGGGUAUCACAUGAAGAAGAGUUCUAACUCUAGUUCGAGCUCAAGUUUGAUUUCGAGCUCAACUUCAAGUUCAAAUUUGGAUUUCAAGGUCAACGGUGAAACUUUAAAGGGACUGGAUAUGGAUGGUUAGAUAGUACAUAUAUAAAUAAUAAACUCUAAAAUAAUAUUAUUUAUGAUUAAUUAGAAAAUAUUUUUAACUGUAAAUUAAAUCCAAAUCGUUUUGAGGUUUAGACUUUUAUAAAAGAAUGUAAAUGUGGAUGCAAAUCAUGCAUUUUUCUUUGGCCUGUCCCGUAGCUAA